AUGUCGAAGCCAUUUGACCCGGAGACGGCGGAGAAUCUGGAGGAUAUGGAGAAGCAGUUCGCGGUGAAGGCCGUCGAACAUUUGAUGACAUACUGGGCGAUUCUCGAGAAGGUCCGCGGUUCGCAGCUCAGAUUAACAAAGAUGGACGACGAUAUCUACGAGCACUUCAAGAGGGAAUUUCCUGACUUCGAUCCUGCCGCACCCAUUAACGAGGAUAGUAUGAAGAGCAAGGAGGGCAAGGAAAAGUGGCGGAAAUUUAUCAACGAGUACGAGAAGAAGAUUAGCGACUACAACUUCGGGACCAUACUCAGAACCAGUCCCGGUGUCGAGUAUGAUCAAGAGACAACCAUUUUCGCAAUGCGUAUGCAAUUCUACGCUGUCGAGAUUGCUCGAAACCGGGCCGGUCUGAAUGACUGGAUCUAUGAGAGGGCUCAUCCAGAAGAGAAAAAGGCCAGCUCGUAA